AGCGCUGCCCCAAAGUAUUUAAGGCCAACCAGCAACCAAAAUUUUGCAAGUAUUCUACUUCCGGUGGAGCAAGUAGCAAUUGCGGGGUUAAAAAUAAUAGUAAUAAUGACGCUUCACUACAUUUUGUUGCUCAAAUUCUUGUUUCUAAACGCGGUGUUGGCACGAAACCAAAAUGUGUUGGAGGCUAACAAACGUGAAACGGUCAAUAAUUCGACGCUCUUGGAAGUGCAUGUUAGGCUCUUCAACGACUUGCUUGCCAAGGAUGCGCCGGUGAAGGAUAAAAUUAUAGAUGGGCCAAUUGCCGUCAAAACACACGAUUGCAUCGACGAAUUGGAAGAUGUUUUAACGACAGCUGUGCAAGAUUACGACUGGUGGAGCGCAACUUAUCUCAUAAGAGAGGUCGUCAACAACACACAAAACGCCACUGUACACUACAUAGGUUAUAAAGUUUUGUGGCGCAAACUAAUAACGGAUAAGCUACAAUAUGACCCCGCUUACGUAAUCGAUUUCUAUUUGACACUCAAGAAUGUAACGCACGAUUUAGGCACGCACACAGGACCGUUAAUUACACUCGAGCACGAAGUGCGCGCACAACUCGUGGAGCGUAGUGCGCAACUGCUUGAGGUGACGCUGCAUCCCGCCAAUUACGAGAACAUAAGCGCAAUUUGUUUGAAUACGUCAAAUUAUGCGGUUGCGCGACGUAUACUCACACAAUUGGACGCAACUAAAAUGGGUGAAAAUAUUUUUGAAGAAAUUUUGAAUGUGACCUUCGACGCUGUUGAGCGAUUGGAGAGCAAAACGGAUACCGUUAAAGCGCUCAACUGUUUGGGUUUGAAUGCCAAUCAACGCUUGAUAGCACACUUGGUGUUCUUGCAGCGCAACAACGAUUUGCAAGCGCUGCUAUACAAUAACAUACAACAACUUGUGAGCACUUGUGAUCUGAAUAGCUUGGCGCCAAAGUACUGGGAACGCAUUGGCGCUUUCCUGCCAACAUCUAUGGAGGUGCUGCAUAAUUCCAGCGCCGUGUGCAUUCACAAUGUGACCGGUGGUUUUGGUUACCUGAGUGAAUGUUCGCAAACCUCUUUGAUGUGCACUUUUCCCAAUGGCUACAAAUACCGUUCAGCCUUUCGAUUUGAGCGCCUCUUGGGCAACAGGUAUAUUUUCCAGAGCAUUUAUUGGCAAAAUUAUAUAAAAUUGGAGAAUAGUGGCAUUAAUGGCAACAGUACUGUGCCGCCGGCAUUCAUAAAAAAUAUUUAUGGCUCGGCAACGCCGAGUGUAUGGCAAGCAGUGUUCGUGGGCAACAACGUUGCAUUGGUGGACCCCAGCAUGCGUCAGUAUUUGUGUGGUGGCAAUCAGAGCAUGUGGAGCAAUGCAGAGCAAUAUGUUUAUAGCCGACGUGCCGAGGACUUUCAGUUGUAUCAGCACGAGUGUCUUUGGUUGGUAGAAGACUGCAGUGAUAUGAUCUAGUGGGUGGCGCUGAAACACAUAAAUUAAUUAAUAUUAUGGAAUAUUGUCAAAUUGAAAUAUA